UUGUCUACAGCAUAGUCAUCAUGGUCAUCUCAAUGGAUCGCUGGAGAGGCAAAGUGGCCAUKGUCACUGGCGCAAGUUCCGGAAUUGGGGCCGCCAUAGCCSAACAAUUGGUCAUUGAAGGCUUACAAGUCGCAGGUUUUGCCCGUCGUUCCGAACGCGUUGAAGAACUUGCGAAGAAACUCCAAGGCAAAAAGGGCAAACUCGUCGCUGUUAAAGUCGAUUUAACGAAAGAGGAGGACAUUAUCAAGGGCUUCAAAUGGGUUUCGGACAAUUUGGGACCAGUUCACAUCCUAGUUAACAAUGCUGGACUCCUUCAACCCACAAACCUCACCGAGGGUGACACAAAAAUGUGGAAAAAAAUCCUAGACACUAAUGUCCUAGGUUUGUGUAUUGCGACGAGAGAAGCGGUGAAAAUAAUGAAAACUGGGAAAAUUGACGGUCAUAUUGUUCAUAUCAACAGUGUGGCAGGUCACACAGUGCCCAAUUUUCCGAAUUUGAAUGUUUAUCCGGCCUCGAAACAUGCUGUGACGGCUUUGACGGAGACUMUGCGUCAAGAGUUGAAUCAACUCGGGUUGAAGAUCAAAAUUACGAGUGUCAGUCCUGGAGCUGUCGAAACGGAAAUAAUUCAAGCUAAUGGAUUCCAGAUUCCUCCAGAAAUGGAAGUGAUGAUGAAAGGAUUACCGAUGUUGAAAAGUGAGGAUAUUGCUGAUUCAGUUUUGUAUGCUUUAGCAACACCACCUCAUGUUCAGGUGCACGAAUUAAUUAUCAUGCCCGUGGGAGAAAAAUUUUGAAAUAAAUUCACAAUUUAUUUUUCUGGUAGUGACACUAGUAAAAAAUUGUAUUAUUAUAUUUAUUUAUGCUGAUAUUGUGUACCUAUGAUGUUUUAAUAAAGACKAGAAAAA